GCCGGGGGGGAGGGUGGCCGCCCGCUCCGCGGCGGCGCGGCCGCGUCCGCGGCGGCCCUGGCCCGCCCGGGCCCUCCGCAUGGGAGCAUGGCGGCUUCCCGAGCCGCGGGCCCCGAGACGGGGCGCCGCGGCCGCGCGGCGAGCGGCGACGGCGACGCCACGCCGCGCCUGCUCCGGCGCGUCGGCCUCUCCGUGGUCGCCACCAACGCGGAGUACGGCCGCCGCGCCCGGCAGGAGGCCGAGGACGCCGAGCGCGAGCUGGACGAGCUGCGGCGGGACGCCCGCCGGCGCGCGGCGCUGUGCCGGGGGCACCUGCGCGCCGCGGACGCCAAGGAGCGCGCGGAGGAGGAGCGCAGGGCCGUGGCCGAGAGGGUGUCCCUCGAGCUCCACGGCUUCCGGGAGCAGAUGCGGCAGAAGGAGGCCGAGGACGAGGACCGCGUCCGGCACCUCUACAGGGCGCUGCUGGGGCCCGCGGGGGGCGCCGCGCCGGCCCUGCCGGGCAGCGCGCCCCCUGGCCUCCUCGUGUCGGAAGGCCCGCUCGACCAGGGCGACCUGGGCGACCACGGCGGCCGCGGCGCGCCAGCGCCGCCGUGGCUCCUCCACGCCGGGGGCACCAGCGCCUCGUGGCCCAGCGAGGCCCCGCCCAGCAGGCCCCCCGCUGGCCGGAGGCGAGCGCCCGGCGAGGCCGACGCGCUGCUGAGGCGCAACCUGGCGCGCCUGGAGCGCCUGGAGCGCCUGGGGCUGUAGCUCGCCCAGCGCGCAGCCGCGCCCCGCGCGUGCUGCCCGCGGGCCCCCCCCUGAGAUCCAGACGCUGCCAGGGUUGCCACGCCGGGCGCCCCCUCCUCCUCCUCCUCCUCCUCCUCCUCCUCCUCCUCC